AUGAACCGUCGUACACAGACUCGUCUUGUUCUCCAGCAAUUAGCCUCUACUAGACUUCCCUCACCUUUUGAUAUCGAAUAUAACAUGGAUGAAAUCGAUCUUGAAAUAUUCAAAUUUCUAAAAGAAAGACAUGAUUGGAUAUGUGAAGAUGAUUACGAGAUAGUACUAGAUAGAUUGGAAAAAGAACACCACUAUCUCCAGCGGAUUGCGGCGACUAAAAUUCCGGAAAAUGAAGAAAUCGCUGAUGAGUGCAAUAUUUGCGCCGAUCAAGAAACAAGUAAUGAAAACUUCUUAGUCUUCUGUGAUGGGUGUAAUAUUGGAGUACAUCAGGCCUGUUAUGGUAUUCCUAAUAUUCCUGAAGGUAAUUGGCUUUGUCGGCCGUGUUUACAAGCCCCACAAAAGAAGAUCAACUGUAUUUUGUGUCCUAAUCCAGGGGGAGCCUUUAAGAAGACUAGUACGGGGUCUUGGUGCCAUGUACUGUGUGGUAUGUUAGUGGCUGGUGCUCGGUUUGAGAAUCUUUCUUUUUUAGAACCAAUUGAUAUUGAUGACGUCAUCAGAAAUAUACAUACUUGUCAAGUUUGUAGCUUAAAGAAAGGAGGACUUUCUGUAUGUGCUUAUAUUGGGUGUCGGAAAGGGUUUCAUGCGACUUGUGCGGUCAAAGAAGGGUUUUAUAUUGAUGCUAGUAAUUGUUUGACUUAUUGUGCUGAGCAUGAUCCUACUAAGAAAGCUUCGCAACAACCUUUUCUUUUUGGAUCACCAGAUACGCACUAUCCGGUUUUAGAGCAAUCCCCAGUAGUCCGUCGAGUGAAUGUCCCAUUAUGGGUGCCUAAACCACGACUACUAUCUGUUUUAGAUAAGGUUGAGCCAAAAAUACUUCAUUAUACGGUUAAUAGGAUAGCUUAUCGUGAUUUAUUAGGCCGACCAGGAGCCACUGCUUUUAUCAAAGAUAUGUAUCCAGUUUGGAUUUACCGCCGGAAAGGGUCUUCUUUGAUAAAAAGACUGCGGAUUGACUCUUUACCCAGUGGAUUUACUAAUUGGGGAGAAUUUACUCCGUGUUUAACUUUAGAUUGUUUGACCGAUAGUUUAUCAUUUAUUCAGAAACAUAACUUACCCCCUGAGUUUCACUAUCCCUUUAAAGAUAUCUAUUUGUACCACUUACUGCUUAUUGCAACCGAAAGGGUCAAUACUGCCCUGAGAACAAUCAAUCAAGCCGUACAGAUAACUCAAGCUAGUACAAGAGCUUUAGAGUACAGUCGGAGUAAACUCUUAUCUCAACAUGUACAAGGCUACUCACAAAUUCAAGGAGUACUUAGUCAUCUUAAGCAAGCAGAUACCCAUCAGUUCUUUCACGAGGCAGUUACUGAUGAAAUUGCUCCUGGAUACUCAGCUAUCAUCAGUAAGCCCCAAUGUUUGCAUGGUAUUACUGCUAAAGUCAAGUAUCUUCAGUAUAAGUCUUAUCAAGAAGUAGUACAGGACUUACAAUUAAUGAUCAAUAAUGCUUAUCGCUAUAACGGCCGAGACUCUUUUAUAGGUAAAGAGGCUAAAAGAUUACAGCAGAUUCUUAAUCAAUGGCAAAUUCAACCCGGUGAUUUUGUUCUAGCUCGUUUACCACCCCAACCCUUUUUACCAUACCAGGUCACUCCCGCCCAACCGAAUACACCUCAGGACUGUCUCUGUCUUACUCCUCUUCAUUCGCGCAAUCUUUCACUUCCACCUGUUCAGCCACCAACCAAUCUUACUUUUACUAUUCCUCGUAGCCAAGUCUAUCCCAUUCGCACUCCUCAGCCCAAUCUAACCGGAUCUAUUCCUACUCAGUUACUAGCCCAGAUCAACCAACUACUUACUCGGCUUAAUCAACUAACUGGUCUUACACCCGCCCAGGAAAAGCAGCAACAAGCAUCCCUCCGGCACCUUUCAACCCUUUAUGCCUACCAAGCUCGGCCCCAACCACACGUACACCAAGCAAACCACAACCGCACUACCCAGUAA